AUGCCAGCAAUUAUGACAAUGUUAGCAGACCAUGCAGCUCGUCAGCUGCUUGAUUUCAGCCAAAAACUGGAUAUCAACCUUUUAGACAAUGUGGUGAAUUGCUUAUACCAUGGAGAAGGAGCCCAGCAAAGAAUGGCUCAAGAAGUACUGACACAUUUAAAGGAGCAUCCUGAUGCAUGGACAAGAGUCGAUACAAUUUUGGAAUUUUCACAGAAUAUGAACACGAAAUAUUAUGGACUACAAAUUUUGGAAAAUGUGAUAAAAACAAGAUGGAAGAUUCUUCCGAGGAACCAGUGUGAAGGAAUAAAAAAAUAUGUUGUUGGCCUUAUUAUCAAGACCUCAUCUGAUCCAACUUGUGUAGAGAAGGAAAAAGUAUAUAUCGGGAAAUUGAAUAUGAUUCUUGUUCAGAUACUGAAACAGGAAUGGCCAAAACACUGGCCAACUUUUAUCAGUGACAUUGUUGGAGCAAGUAGGACCAGUGAAAGCCUCUGUCAGAAUAAUAUGGUGAUUCUUAAACUCUUGAGUGAAGAAGUAUUUGAUUUCUCUAGUGGACAGAUAACCCAAGUAAAAGCUAAGCAUUUAAAGGACAGCAUGUGCAAUGAGUUCUCACAAAUCUUUCAGCUGUGUCAGUUUGUAAUGGAAAAUUCCCAAAAUGCUCCACUUGUACAUGCAACAUUGGAAACAUUGCUGAGAUUUCUUAACUGGAUUCCACUGGGAUAUAUUUUUGAGACCAAGUUAAUCAGCACAUUAAUUUAUAAGUUCCUGAAUGUUCCAAUGUUUCGAAAUGUCUCUCUGAAGUGCCUCACUGAGAUUGCUGGUGUGAGUGUAAGCCAAUACGAGGAACAAUUUGUAACACUAUUUACACUGACAAUGAUGCAGCUAAAACAGAUGCUUCCUUUAAAUACCAAUAUUCGACUUGCAUACUCAAAUGGAAAAGAUGAUGAACAGAACUUUAUUCAAAAUCUCAGUUUGUUUCUCUGCACAUUUCUUAAGGAACAUGGUCAACUUAUAGAAAAAAGACUAAAUCUCAGGGAAACUCUCAUGGAGGCCCUUCAUUAUAUGUUGUUGGUAUCAGAAGUGGAGGAAACAGAAAUCUUUAAGAUUUGUCUUGAGUACUGGAAUCAUUUGGCAGCUGAACUCUAUAGAGAGAGCCCAUUCUCUACAUUGGCCUCUCCGUUACUAUCUGGAAGCCAACAUUUUGAUGUUCCUCCCAGGAGGCAGCUGUAUUUGCCCGUGUUAUCCAAGGUUCGUUUAUUGAUGGUUAGUCGUAUGGCUAAACCAGAGGAAGUAUUGGUUGUAGAAAAUGAUCAGGGAGAAGUUGUAAGAGAAUUCAUGAAGGAUACAGAUUCCAUAAAUUUGUAUAAGAAUAUGAGAGAAACAUUAGUUUAUCUUACUCAUCUGGAUUAUGUAGAUACAGAAAGAAUAAUGACUGAAAAGCUUCACAAUCAAGUGAAUGGUACAGAAUGGUCAUGGAAAAAUUUAAAUACAUUGUGUUGGGCAAUAGGCUCCAUUAGUGGAGCAAUGCAUGAAGAGGAUGAAAAACGAUUUCUUGUUACUGUUAUAAAGGAUCUAUUAGGAUUAUGUGAACAGAAAAGAGGGAAAGAUAAUAAAGCUAUAAUUGCAUCAAAUAUCAUGUACAUAGUAGGUCAAUAUCCAAGAUUUUUAAGAGCUCACUGGAAAUUUUUAAAGACUGUAGUUAACAAGCUGUUUGAAUUUAUGCAUGAGACCCAUGAUGGAGUCCAAGACAUGGCUUGUGAUACUUUCAUUAAAAUAGCUCAGAAGUGCCGCAGACAUUUUGUUCAGGUUCAGGUUGGAGAAGUAAUGCCCUUUAUUGAUGAGAUUUUGAACAACAUUAACACUAUAAUUUGCGAUCUUCAACCUCAACAGGUCCAUACAUUUUAUGAAGCUGUGGGGUACAUGAUUGGUGCACAAACAGACCAAACAGUACAAGAACAUUUGAUAGAAAAAUACAUGCUGCUUCCUAAUCAAGUUUGGGAUAGCAUAAUCCAGCAGGCAACCAAAAAUGUGGAUAUACUUAAAGAUCCUGAAACAGUUAAGCAGCUUGGUAGCAUAUUGAAAACAAAUGUGAGAGCCUGCAAAGCUGUUGGACAUCCCUUUGUAAUUCAACUUGGGAGAAUUUACUUAGAUAUGCUUAAUGUAUACAAGUGCCUCAGUGAAAAUAUUUCUGCAGCUAUCCAAGCUAAUGGUGAAAUGGUUACAAAGCAACCGUUGAUUAGAAGUAUGCGAACAGUAAAAAGGGAAACUUUAAAGUUAAUAUCUGGUUGGGUGAGCCGGUCCAAUGAUCCACAGAUGGUAGCUGAAAAUUUUGUUCCUCCUUUGUUGGAUGCAGUUCUCAUUGAUUAUCAGAGAAAUGUCCCAGCUGCUAGAGAACCAGAAGUGCUUAGUACCAUGGCUAUUAUUGUCAACAAGUUGGGAGGACAUAUAACAGCUGAAAUACCUCAAAUAUUUGAUGCUGUUUUUGAAUGCACAUUGAAUAUGAUAAAUAAGGACUUUGAAGAGUAUCCUGAGCAUAGAACGAACUUUUUCUUACUACUUCAGGCUGUCAAUUCUCAUUGCUUCCCAGCAUUUCUGGCUAUUCCACCUGCACAGUUUAAACUUGUUUUAGAUUCCAUUAUUUGGGCUUUUAAACAUACUAUGAGGAAUGUUGCAGAUACAGGCUUACAGAUCCUUUUUACACUCUUGCAAAAUGUUGCACAAGAAGAAGCUGCAGCUCAAAGUUUUUAUCAAACUUAUUUUUGUGAUAUUCUUCAACAUAUCUUUUCUGUUGUGACAGACACCUCACAUACUGCUGGUUUGACGAUGCAUGCAUCAAUACUGGCAUAUAUGUUCAAUUUGGUUGAAGAAGGAAAAAUAAGUACACCGUUAAAUCCUGGGAAUCCAGUUAACAACCAAAUGUUUAUUCAGGAAUAUGUGGCUAAUCUCCUUAAGUCUGCAUUUCCUCAUCUGCAAGAUGCUCAAGUAAAGCUCUUUGUGACAGGGCUUUUCAGUUUAAAUCAGGAUAUUCCUGCUUUCAAGGAACAUCUUAGGGAUUUCCUAGUACAAAUAAAGGAGUUUGCAGGUGAAGAUACAUCUGACCUGUUUUUGGAAGAAAGAGAAACAGCCCUGCGACAGGCUCAGGAAGAGAAACAUAAACUUCAAAUGUCUGUUCCUGGCAUCCUUAAUCCACAUGAAAUUCCAGAAGAAAUGUGUGAUUAA